AUGCCACCGAGAAGUUCUGAUGAACUUGAUACCGAGCCCCCUUCCAAUAUCAAUAAUGACGAACUAAGCGAGUCAACAACAGAUCUCCAGCCACACCCAAGUGGUGCCCUUACUACUACCUCUGCUCAAAUCGCGUUGAUCGAGUCACUUGCAACCCGCCUCCGGAUCGUCCAGGCCCUCAACGGCCUACAUUCCAACUUUUCCUAUGACAUAGCUCUCGAGCUAAGUUCCGAAUUGAUUGAUACUCUUCAGUAUUCUUUCAGUAAACAGGCGCGCACAAACCCACUAUUUCACUACUCGCUCAAAGCCAGUAUUAACGCUGCCCUAGCCAUCAUCUCCCCAGAGCCGGAUACUGGCUUCGCACAAUUAAUGGCGAUGGGUGGACGUCUGUUCCAAGGUGUCCGAUGCGCUACCUCAGCUAUCAGCCUCGAGCUGCUCUCCCAUGUGAAAACACAGUGGCUCAAUGGCAUCUUGAAUCGGACGCGACAGUAUCGGGGAUUCCUCAAACAGGCCAUUUUGGAUAUUAUCAAUCUGUCAGAGGACCGUAUUCGCCAAGGCGAAACAAAUGUGAAGAAUGACACGUUUUUGAGUAUAAUUCUUGCGCAGGUCAAGGCUGUGGAGGCAGACAAACCAGUCGCAGGUUAUCCGAGCUGCAAGAGAUAG